AUGGAAUACUGCGGAGAUAAAUAUAAGGGUGAAACUCAAAACAAUAGACUAGAAGGGUACGGAAAAUAUACGUUACCAACAGGGACUUACUAUGAAGGACAGAUGUAUGACGGGAUGUUUCAUGGAGAAGGAACAUUGCACUUUCAAAAUGGUAGUAAAUACCGUGCUGUGUGGGAAAAAGGGCAUCCUAAGAAUGGAGAAAUUAUAUAUGCAGAUGGUCUGAGGUAUAAGGAUGGCUCUCAUUACUGUGAUGAGUUUGACAGAAGAUUUUAUACGGAAAUUUGUACUGGACUAAAGCCAGCAGGCAGAUCACAAAUAGUGGACAAAGAACCUUACAAACAAACACCAGGCGGCUUUGACACAGGAGAUGGGUUUUACGAUCCUUUGAUGAAAGUAGUGACAGAUUAUAGUGGGAGAUUCUUACGUAAUGCAGGUAAGUCCAACAGUUAA